AGAAGCCCCGGAAAGCACCUGGAAGCCUCUUUUUCCCUGACUCACUGGUGCCCCCUCUGCCUGCAGCCCCCGGCUGGCCGGCUGGUGAUGGGGGCCGGUGGUCCCUCUGGGCGAUCUGGGCCAGCCCCCGAUGGCGGCUGGGGCUGGGCGGUGCUGCUUGGCUGCUUCGUGGUGACCGGCUUCUCCUACGCCUUCCCUAAAGCAGUCAGCGUGUACUUCAAGGCGCUCAUGCGGGACUUCGGUGUGGGCUACAGCGACACAGCCUGGAUCUCCUCCAUCAUGCUGGCUAUGCUCUAUGGCACAGGGCCUGUGUCUAGUAUCCUGGUCAACCAGUUUGGCUGCCGCCCUGUGAUGCUGGCAGGGGGCCUGUUGGCCUCUGCUGGGAUGAUCCUGGCCUCCUUCACCACCAGCCUGGUGGAGCUGUAUCUCACGGCGGGUGUGCUCACAGGCCUGGGCAUGGCCCUCAACUUCCAACCCUCGCUCAUCAUGCUGGGCCUGUACUUUGACCGCCGGCGGCCCCUGGCCAAUGGACUGGCAGCAGCUGGCAGCCCCGUCUUCCUGUCUGCCCUGUCUCCUCUGGGCCAGGUCCUGCUGGAGCACUUUGGCUGGCGGGGUGGCUUCCUCCUCAUGGGGGGGCUACUUCUUAACUGCUGCACCUGUGGAGCAGUCAUGAGGCCCCUGGCUGGGGGCCCGGGGGCCCGGGGAGGUGCUGGGCCUGAGGAGGAAGCCAGGGAGAUGCUGCCUCUGGAGCAGGGAAAGAAACCAGCGGGAAGCCCUGGGGGGAAGCAACGGAGACGGAAGCGGAAAAAGCGGCUGCUGGACUUCUCUGUUUUCACUGACCGAGGCUUCGUGGUGUACACCAUUGCCAAGUUCAUCCUGGUGCUGGGCCUGUUUGUGCCCACCAUCAUGCUGGUCAAUUAUGCCAAAGACGCUGGUGUGCCCGACGCCGACGCCGCCUUCCUCCUGUCGGUGAUCGGCUUCGUGGACAUCGUGGCCCGGCCGGCCUGCGGGGCACUGGCUGGGCUGGGCAAGGUCCGGCCCCAUGUGACCUAUCUCUUCAGUCUGGCCAUGCUGGCCAACGGGCUCACUGACCUGUGCAGUGCCCGGGCCCGCUCCUACGGUGCCCUGGUGGGCUUCUGUGUAGCCUUUGGCCUUUCUUAUGGCAUGGUGGGUGCCUUGCAGUUCGAGGUGCUCAUGGCCACCGUGGGAGCCCAGCGAUUCCCCAGCGCCAUCGGCCUUGUUCUACUGGUGGAGGCUGUGGCAGUGCUCAUAGGACCGCCCUCAGCUGGUCGCCUGGUGGAUGCCCUCAAGAACUAUGAAAUCAUCUUUUAUCUGGCCGGUUCUGAGGUUCUACUGUCUGCUCUCUUCCUCUCAAUGGCCACCUACUGCUGUCUGAGGAAGCCUCGAAGCCCAGAACUAGCCCCAGACCCUCCCACUGGAGCCAGGGACACAGAAGAGGCUGAGUAUGAUGGUGACCCCGGCCCCCCCCACUGCUGCUACCACUGCCACCCAGCACUCUGA